GCAGGGAGAGGAACUGCUCCUUCAACGGCUUGAUUGCGACAUUUUUCUGUAAACAGCGAAAUCAUGGCUGUCUUUUAUGCUGCGGUUUUUGGCUGUAUUCUGGUUUUUGGUCUGCCUCUCAACGCCGUGUCACUGUGGAUUCUGCUUUUCCACCAUGGUCUCAGAUCACCCAACGCAGUUUUCAUGAUCAACCUGGCAAUCUCAGACCUGAUGCUUGCCAUCACUUUGCCUAUGAGGGUCUACUUCUACGCCACGGACAGUUGGCCUUUGAGUAACUUUACCUGUGUCUUAGUCACAAUGCUGUUUCGCAACAACAUCCGCUCCAGUUCCAUCUUCAUCACUUUCAUCAGCGUUGACCGGCUGCUGGCCGUGGUUUAUCCACUGAGGACACGGCACAUACGAACUCUGUCCAAUGCCGUGAAAGGAGUUGUCCUGGUUUGGCUCUUCGUGAUAGUGCUCAAUAUCCCGGAGGGUAUCCGUUUCUCAAUACUUUUGAACAGUAUGAAAAACUCAACGUGUUUUGAAUCUGUUUACUCUGACAUAAAAGGAAAUUCAUCAACCAUCUACAUUCAGUCCACGUUGGAGUUCAUCUUGCUGGCAGUCAAUGUUGGAUGCACCGUCAUGGUAUUCUGGACCCUGCGUCAUCACCUCAGUGAGUCUGCAAAGGUCAACAGCAAGGUGAACGUGAUGGUGAUUUUUGCCCUGAACUUGGUCAUGUUUUGCGUAUGCUUCCUGCCUUUGUCCAUCACUGCAUUAACGAGGACUAAAGGGUCUGAACUCACACCCAUGAUAUGUCUCGCUACUGUGAACUGCUGCUUGGAUCCACUGUGUUAUUACUUUUCCCUCGAUGCCUUCUGGAAGAAAAGAGAGGAAGCUGACGUAAGAAGAGAUCGGAGGACAAAUGAAACUGAUGGUUGAACCAGCAGCUCAAGUUCCAGACCAUCAACAGAUGGAGGGCC